UAUAAAUCGGCGGGGUGGUCGAGCCGCAGAAGCGUGCGAGGCGAGGGUGCAAAUGGAGGAGGAGGAGCACGAGGUGUACGGACAAGAGAUCCCCGACGAGGGCGAGAUGGAGGGCGACGUCGACAUCUCCCUCCCCGACGCUGACGACGACGCCGCCAAGCUGCAGGAGCUGGACGAGAUGAAGAAGCGAUUGAAGGAGAUGGAGGACGAGGCCGCCGCUCUCCGCGAGAUGCAGGCCAAGGUGGAGAAGGAGAUGGGAGCCAUUCAAGACCCUGCUAAUGUAGCUGCAAAUCAGGCAUCUAAGGAGGAGGUGGAUUCUCGAUCAGUGUUUGUUGGUAAUGUUGAUUACGCUUGCACCCCUGAGGAAGUGCAGCAGCAUUUUCAGUCAAGCGGAACUGUGAACAGGGUGACUAUUCUGACCGACAAAUUUGGCCAGCCAAAGGGUUUCGCUUAUGUUGAAUUUUUGGAGCCCGAGGCCGUUCAAGAGGCUCUUCUCUUGAAUGAAUCUGAGUUGCAUGGUCGCCAGCUGAAAGUAGCAGCCAAACGAACAAAUGUACCUGGGAUGAAGCAGUAUCCUCCUCGGCGGUUUAAUCCGCACCUUGGCUAUCGAUUUAGGAGACCGUAUGUGCCGCCAUAUUUCUAUUCUCCCUACGGCUAUGGGAAAGUUCCCAGGUUCAGGAGGCCAAUGCGCUACAGGCCUUAUUUUUAAAGAUCCUUGCCUGUGUUAAUCUUGAGUUAUUAUUUCUGCUAACUAGAUUGAGCGUAGGAGUUAUCCUGGAAGAAUUUAUACUGAUUCGCCACGCACGAGAUACUGAGUUCUCUGUUAUUUGCUUCUCUGCUGACUACUAUAAUCAAUAACAAUGAAAACGUACCAUUGAAGUUCCCUGGAUGUUAUAAUCUUUUUCUUUGAUUGCCCAAUA